UUUGGGCAUUGAAAUUGAUUCUGUCGAGAUGGUUUUUCGUUUGCCCGGUGAUAAGUUGCAGAAGUUGUUGUAUUUGAUAGAGGGUUUUCUGGUGGUGCGUAAGGUUACCCUUCAACAGCUGCAGUCAUUAUUAGGUUUGCUUUGUUUUGCUUGUCGGGUUAUGCCCAUGGGCCGUAUUUUUUCCAGGAGAUUGUCAUUGGCCACCCGGGGGGCUAAGUCCCUGCAUCAUCGCAUUCGUCUGACUAGGUCCCUGAAAGCCGACUUGCGUGUGUGGCAGGAGUUUCUACGCUCUUACAAUGGGCACACGUGUGUGAUCUCUGACGAGAUGCCUAAUUCAGUUCUGUCCCUUUUUUCAGAUGCCUCUGGUGCCUGUGGCUUUGGCACAAUUUUUGGUAAGGAGUGGUGCUCUGCUCCUUGGCCGGAUUUGUGGCGCUCGCAGGGCUUUUGUAGGAAUCUGACGUUGCUGGAGUUAUUUCCGAUUGUGGUGGCGGUGGAAAUCUGGGGUCAGGACCUUUCGAAUCGCCACGUGUGUUUUUGGUCUGAUAACCUGAGUGUGGUCCAUUGUAUCAACCGCCUGUCUUCUUCUUCCCUCCCGGUGAUUGCGCUUCUGCGACAUUUGGUCUUGCGUUGCCUGGAACAUAAUAUCUAUUUCAGGGCUCGACAUGUUCCAGGUGUUGAUAACAGUAUUGCUGAUGCUCUUUCCCGUUUUCGUUGGCAGGUUUUUCGGGAGCUGCUUCCGGAGGCGGAGCACAUCGGGAAGGAAUGUCCGGAGUACCUAUGGCGUUUGGUGGCCAGCAGCUGAUGUCCCUGGUCGGGGCUUCAGUGUCUCCAGCGACCUGGCGGGGUCACGGUAAGGCGUGGGCCGACUGGUUAUCAGGGGUGGGCGCUAGAAAUGUCGCCACGCAGGAUUCCCUCCGUUUGGAGGUGACGGUGGAAUGGUUACUCAAGCUUAGAUCUAUGGGUGUGUCUGCACCGGUUGCGCAGCGGCGGUUGUCUGGCGUAGCCUUUUUCUUUCGUCUUUGUGGUUGGCCUGAUGUUUCCAAGCAUUUUGUCAUCAGGCAGGCCAUGAAGGGUUGGAAGAAGGAGUAUGUGCUUAGGGAUCGUAGACGGCCUAUUUCGUUUGGCCUGUUGUGUAGGCUGGUUGAAGUAUGUUCGGGGGUGUGUGCUUCAGCGUUUGAAGCAACGUUGUUCUCGGCUUGUUUUAGUUUGGCCUUUUUUGCUGCCCUCCGAGUGGGCGAAUUGCUCCCUCCCUCUGGUAAGAAGCCAGGGGGUUUGUUAUUUCAGGAUGUGGUCUGCGGGAAUGGGGCUCUCAGGGUCCUGGUUCGUAGAUCUAAAACGGAUCAGUUUGGCAGGGGGGUGUGGAUCCCUCUUCAUCAGGUGGCGGGUGUGGCUUGUCCAGUUCGCUUAGUUUCUGCUUACUGCGCGGCGCGUGUUGGGGGUACCAAUUUCUUCACUCACCAGGAUGUCUCCCCCCUGACUAAAUUUCAGUUUGUAUCUGUUUUUCGCGCUUGCUUGCUUCGGUUGGGAGUUGACCCGAAGGAUUUUGGCACCCAUUCGUUUCGCAUUGGUGCUGCCACGGAGGCGGCCAGAGCGGGCUUGCCGGAGUCGGAGGUAAUGCGCAUUGGUAGGUGGCAAUCUGCCUGUUAUGCCAGGUACAUCAGGCCGGAUCUCUUGAUUUAAAAAAAAUAGAUAAAUAGAUAAAAAAUUAUAAUAAAAAAUAUAAAAUAGAUAAGUUAGUAAAUUAUACAUACGUGAGUCUACAGGCGUGUGGAUGUUUUGUUUCCUCAGGUUGUUUCGCCUGGGUUUAUACCAGUGAGUGUGCAGCGCGAGUUCGCAGCGUCAUCUUAUGUUACAUUUGUGCUGACUGUUUUUUCUUUCAGGUGUGGUACGCCCGGCGGUCUGGUUGGUUGGCCACUCGUACAUUUUUUGGGCGGCUCAAAGGGCGGAGUGCAGGCCUGGAGGUCGGAUGCUGGGAUUUCGGGAAGUGGACGUCUCCUGGAGGGGUAUCCGAGGUCUCAAAUGGUCGCAGAUUCUUACGGAGGUGGUAGAUAUUGGUUUUCAUUCCAGGGGUCCUGUGAUUCUUGUCAUUCAUGCCGGUGGCAAUGACCUAUGCCUAUCACGUUUGGCUGAGCUCAUGGCCCUUAUGCGCUCUGACAUUGAGAGGUUCUCUUCCUUUUUCACUGAGAUGGUGCUGGUUUGGUCUGAGAUCAUCCCUCGGGUGGUUUGGCACGGGGCCAGGGAUGCCGAGGCUGCUGAAAAAUGUAGGAGGACAGUCAAUUCCCGCAUGUCCCGGUUCGUGCGGUCUCGUGGGGGAAUUGUGGUGAGACAUCGCCAACUAGAGGGUGAUAAUAGGUCCCUUAUGAGGCCCGAUGGGGUUACCUGUUGUCUCGAGUGUUUAUUAACUGGUUCAGUUUUAGUUGGGGGAGCUACAGGUAGGCAGAGGUGCCGGCCCGGUUCCUAUCUCUCCUCCGCCCUCUCCUGAUUACCAACAGUCUGGCAAGCGCCUGACUUUUUAUGGAGGGUGCUUAGGGACUGGUGGUCCCCCUUCCCCUCCCCAGCCUUGGGUCAUAUGUAGCACCUUGCCCUGGUUUAGGUACCUAAAUGGUUAAGGGAUUGUGGGAGAUUCGUCACUAUGGGGGCGUAGGGUUUUGUCUCCUCCCUCUAUCCAGGUUAUAUAACCCCCUCCUCUGCUGCUGCACUUCCUCUUUGUCAGCGGAAGCCGAGUUGCCCUCCCUCCCGCCCUUGAAUGGGUAGUUUUAGUGUGGAGUUGCCUUGGGGAUUCUGGUUUUCUCCAGGGGUAUUAUAAUAAAAAAAAAAAAAAAGAAAGUUGAAAAGAAAGGUUUGGGAACCUGUACAACUGUUGUUUUGGA